AUGGCUGCCAUUGAAGAGCUUGCUGAUUCAAUGCGCAAACCCGUGCCGGAUCCUAACUCUACGAUCAUUUUUGUCUCCAUAACCCUGGGCCUCUUGUUACCACAGACGCAGAAUAGAGAUGGGAGAUUGAGUUCCAAUUUUGAUAUGAAGGAAAAUUUGAUUCGGUAUUCGGAGGAAAUGAUGGAGAAUGGUUUGCGAAAAUUUGGGUGGUCGGGGAUGGUACAAUGCAUCCUUGUGUCGAGUGCAAUGUACUUUGAUGCACAGCAAUCCUUCAUGGCCAUCUACUCUGACGACUACCCAACUUGGCACUGCACAGAUCUCACCACAUGCACUUCUCAUUCCAAUAUCUGCAACAUUCCAAAGUCAUCUUGGGCAUGGGAUGGACCCUCUUCUAAGACAAUCAUAUCAGAGUUUGACCUUGAAUGUUCCAGCAGCUUCAUCACCGGUUUACCCCAAUCGUCUUUCUUCCUAGGUUGCUUUCUUGGUUCCUUUCUUCUUGCCAGCUUGGCUGACACAUCUCUUGGAAGAAAGAACCUCCUUAUUCUCUCCUGUUUCUGUAUGUCCUUAGCUUCUAUUAUGAUUGUUUUCUCAACCAAUGUUUGGACCUACUCAGCUUUGAAGUUCCUCAUUGCCUUUUCGCGUUCAUCCGUUGGAACAUGUGUUUUAGUGUUACUCACGGAGAAAGUGAGCACAGAGUGGAGGUUCACUGUGGGGAUUGUUGAAUAUUUAUGCUUUACUUUGGGGUAUAUGGCCUUGCCUGGAAUAGCUUAUUUAAACAGAAAUUCCUCGUGGAAAUCUCUUUAUGUGUGGACGUCCGUUCCUGCUAUUUGUUAUUCUCUGUUUGCUCACCUUUUUGUUACUGAGUCUCCAAGGUGGCUUCUCAUGCAAGGUCGAGAACAAGAAGCCAUGGCAAUGCUUACAGGAAUUUCUAAUUAUUUAGUAGAAAAUGAUCCUAAUUUGACUGCAAGCCUACUAAAAGUUCCUAUUGUCAAACAAAAUUCUUCAAUUUUCCAACUGUACUCAUCAAUAGCAGAGUUGUUUGAGAGAAGUUGGGCUCUCAAACGGACGGUAGCAAUUAUGGUGCUUGGUCUUUGGGUUGGCAUGGUGUAUUUCGCCAUGCCUUUGGCCGUGGGGAAUUUGGGAUUCGACAUUUACUUGGCCGUUGUGUUUUAUGCUUUCUUGGAAAUACCCUCUUGUGUGGCCACAUACUUCUUGGAAAACUACAGAAGAAAGCCAUCUAUUCUUGCAUUCGCAGUAGCUAGUGGGAUAUGCUGCAUAUUGUGUGCGAUCGUUGGCACUGGGCUGCAAGUGGCUAAGGUGGGGAUAUCAUUGGUAGCAUUUUUCAGUGUUGUCACGGCUUAUAAUGUGUUUCUCCUUUACAUCAUCGAGCUGUUUCCCACGAGUGUAAGGAACACCACCACCUCAUUGGUGAGGCAAGCCGUUGUGUUUGGUAACAUAUUUAGCCCAUUUUUUGUAUCUGCGGGGAGGAAGAAUGAUAUUUUCUCCUAUGGCCUGUUUGGAGUGGUUAUAAUCUCGUCCUCUUUGGCUUUGCUCUGUUUGCCAGAGACCAUAGGAAUAGCUCUUUGUGAUACCAUGGAUCAACAAGAGAUUAAGGACAAGAUAUCUGCGCCAAAUGUUUAA